AUGGGUUCAUUUAUAUUCGGCCAGGACGCACGUCUCGACGACGACGUCGCACCCCUCCCUCCGCGCGAUGUCCUGCUGUGCGUACGGACGGGGAAGAUCCGACCCCUCCGGGGCGUGAAGAUCCGGUCCGCCAUUAACAAGUCCGCGCGCCAGGGCAAGAUCAGGGUCACCCAGACCGGGCUCGUCGGCGAUGAGGUCCAGUAUGAGAUGCACGGCGGUGUAGAGAAGGCGCUGCACCACUACUGCGCAAGCCACUACAAGACGUGGAACGAGGAGCUCCCCAACCGCGAACACCUGUUCAAGAUCGGCGGUUUUGGCGAGAACCUGUCAACGGCGCUCCUCCACGAGGGCAACCUGUGCGUUGGCGACAAAUUCCGACUGGGACCCGAGGUCAUCGUACAGGUCAGCGAGCCAAGACAGCCGUGCUUCAAACUUAAUCACCGUUUCGAAUACAAGAAGACCUCCACGGUUGCUCAGAACUCGGGCCGUAUCGGCUGGUACUAUAGAGUUCUGAAAACAGGCUAUAUCCAGGAGGGCGAUGCUUUUGAGCUGAUCGAACGGAUCAAUCCACGCUGGCCGCUCCUCCGCGUCCAGAAGUAUCUCUUUCAUGAUGUCAACAACAUCGAGGCUAUCACCGAGCUCAGCCAGCUGCCUGGCCUGGGUGAGGAAACUCUUGGGGUCUUCCGCGCUCGCCUCGCUCGUGGCCCUGAAGACCCAAGUGGCCGCCUUGAGGGAGAUCGCAUUCCCGUAGUCUGGCGCCCGUACAAGCUUAUCGAGAAGACGGACCUCACUCCCCGUGUCAAGAAGUUUGUCUUUGAGGUCGAGAAGCCUAGCUCUGAUAUCGAGGAUCCGGCGUUCGGGCGCUUUCCACACGUGCGGUUGCAGUUUGGUCCCGACAUGUGUUUCUCGCGAGCCUAUUCCGUCGUGUCUGGUGAUAUGGCACGGUUUGAGCUGGGUAUCGCGAGAGACGACCAGUCCAGGGGUGGCUCCGUUCAUCUUCACGAUCAGGUACAAGUUGGGGACAUGAUCACGGUUGCCAAAGGUCACGAUGCCAAGCCGUCUAGUUCGAACUGUAUAGACAACCUACGCAGCAAGAAGCAUGUUUUCAUCAUCGGCGGCAUAGGCGUCACUGCUUUUCUUCGCGACAUUGCCGACCUAGCCAAAGCUUCGGCAGACUUGGAGGUCCACUACGCAGUGCGCAGCCGUGAGGAGGCGGUUUACUUAGAGCUCCUCCCAACAAAAAGCACUACAGUCUACGCCAAAAGUGAGGGCCGCCGACUUCAUUUGACUCGGAUCGUUCCUCACACGGCUUCUGGAACGGCACCCGACGCAAUGGUAUACUGCUGUGGCCCAGCGUCACUGCUCAGCGAAUGCCUGAACCUUACCAAGAAGCUGGGCUACCCACGCUCCCACGUCCACUUUGAGGAGUUUGGCGGCGCUACGACCGGGACAGGCGAGCCGUUUGAAGUCGAGAUCAGAUCGACCGGAAAGGUUUUGCAGGUCCCCGGGAAGAAGUCUCUGUUGCAAGUCCUGACCGAGGCUGGCUUUGAAAUUGAAUCGUCCUGUUUGGUGGGAAAUUGCGGAACAUGCAUGGUUGACCACUGCAAGGGCAACAUCGAACACCGUGGCACAGCGCUGGGAGACGAGAUGAAGGAGGAGUCCAUGUUGAGCUGUGUUAGUCGUGGCCAAGGGCGGAUUGUCAUCGAUUGCUAG